AUGGUGCCACUGUCGGUCCCAAGCCCGGAUAAAGAAGAAGGGUUGGAGGGCGAGGCUAGCAACCUACCCUCCAUAAAACAAUCGCUAUACUCACAGAACCCAAGCAUUGCCUCGGAACAGGACGGAUUCAAUGUUGACGACACAAGCGAGGACAAGGAAAAUGAGACGGAACAAACACAUCAAGAAGCAAAUAAGGCUGGGAUGUUGGAACACAUAUGUGCCAUAUCUGAAACAAAAAAGAGAGGAAAAACAAUACCCCAACAUGAAGGCAUAAUAAUAAUGGGCGACUUGAACUCUAGAGUAGGAAACAAGGUAAUACCUGAAGUCAAGAAUAGAUUCAAUGAGGAGACAGUAAACGAGAGAGGUUAG